UCGGCAGAAAUGGCAAAAACCGUCUCCUCCGCCACCGUAGCUGUUACAACCAUGGCUAAUAUCUCUUUCAUCGUUACCACCAUCUCCCUCAUUGGAGCCGUUCAAGGAAUGGGCCUAGGCAUCAACUACGGCACUGUAGCCAACAACCUUCCCCCACCAGCUCGAGUCGCUCAAUUCCUCCUCCAAAGCACUUCAAUCGACCGCAUCAAGCUCUUCGACGCAAACCCAACCAUCUUACAAGCCUUCGCCGACACCGGCAUCGCAGUAACUGUAACAGUAGCCAACGAUCAGAUCCCUCAACUCACCAACCUUGAAUUCGCAAAUCAAUGGCUAAGAUCGAACAUCCUCCCUUACACUCCCACCACUAACAUCAUCCGCAUCUUAGUCGGCAACGAAGUCGUAUCAACGGCUGACAAGUCCCUAAUCGCAGGCCUCGUCCCUGCAAUGCAAAAUCUCCACACAGCACUCGUGGCAGAGUCUCUCGACAAUCAGAUCAAGGUGUCCACACCACACUCCUUAGGCAUCUUAUCCACCUCCUACCCACCGUCCAACGGGCAAUUCAGACGACGGUAUGAUAUCGCCAUUUUCGAGCCGUUGCUAGGGUUCUUGAAUGCUACUGGAUCACCGUUCAUGAUCAAUCCAUACCCGUUCUUCGGACUCAAGCGCGACGUUUUGGAUUACGCGCUAUUCCGACCUAACCCGGGCGUGUAUGAUCAGAACACACGGCUCACGUAUUCUAACAUGUUAGAUGGACAGUUGGAUGCGAUUUUCACAGCGAUGAAACGGCUGGGAUUUGCUGAUGUGGAGAUUGUUAUUGCUGAAACGGGAUGGCCAUCAGAAGGUGAACCGGGCCAGAUCGGUGUGAGUGUGGAAAGUGCUGCGGAUUACAAUCGGAAUCUCAUACAGCAUGUGAAUUCAGGGCUCGGGACGCCGUUGAUGCCUAAUCGGACGUUUGAAACGUAUAUAUUCGCGCUUUUCAAUGAGAAUCUUAAGCCCGGGCCGACGAUCGAGAGGAAUUUCGGGCUGUUCCGGCCGGAUAUGACGCCGGUGUAUGACGUCGGCAUCCAAAAGCCUGUGCGUAGGAGACCGACGCGUAGUAAUCCGACCCCGGUGGUGGGCCCCGUGAAUCCAACGCCAAUCAACGGACAGCAAUGGUGCGUACCGAAACCAGGCGCCCAACAGAAGACACUGCAGGCGAACAUUGAUUACAUAUGCGGUCAGGGCAUUGACUGUGGGCCCAUCCAAGCCGGUGGGCCAUGCUUCUUGCCGAACACUGUCCGGGCCCACGCGUCCUACGCCAUGAAUGCUUACUACCAGGUGGCUGGACGGCAUCCGUUCGACUGCGACUUUAAGCAGACUGGGAUGAUCACUGCCGUUGAUCCAAGUUAUGGAGACUGCGAGUACGGCUCUUGAAAACAACGGUCAGGAUGUAAAGGACGGCAGAGCUGAACGAUCAUGUGGUGCUGCGAUGAGAAUAAUGCUCAUGUUGCAUUUCACAAUGGUUUGUAUAAGCUCUUUGAUGUAAGA